AUGGUGACCAAAAGUAUCGUCACGAUCGUGACAUUGAGCGUUAUCGGUUUCCACACAGUGUUUGCUGAUAAUCCCUGCCUAAAAGGACCUCCUGUACCGAAGAAUGCAGCCGAAUGUUGUGCUACGCCGUCUCUCGUUGAACCCAGCGCGUUCAUGGCUUGCCAUUCGAAAUGGAUCGCACAAACUAAACGCCAGAUGGCGCUGGAAGGCAUACCACGUGGUUGUUGCGUAGCGGAGUGCGUAAUGAACUCCACGAACCUUUACGCCGACGGGCAGCUGGAUCGUGACGCACUGACCAAGCUGUACCUCGGUUCGACCAAAACGAUGGCGCUCGAAUGGAAGCAAAUCACGCUGGACGCGAUCGAUGGCUGUUUCAAGAUGGCGGACACGAUCAAGGAGGAAAUUGAGGCGGGUGCGAAGCUGACGCCCGCCUUCGAAGGUGAACAGAUCUGCCAUCCGAUCUCCGGUACGAUAUUGGCCUGCAUGGGGAUGACGCUGUUUGCGGAGUGUCCUGCUAAACUGUUCACCGUGAACGAUGACUGCAACAAGCUGAAGACAUACCAUAGCAAGUGUCCAUUCUUGUAA